AUCGUUGAAAGCAAUAAAUAGGAUAUCCCAACCAUAUAUGUCAGUACUCAAGAUUAGAUUGUAAAUCUCUUCUUGCUUACGUAGCUGAUAUGAUUAUAAGCUGGAUCACAACUAACAUGUUUUGGAACUAUACACACUUGGUCUAACUCAAAGUGAGCCAGUGAAAUCAAUUGAGCAAACAAGGCGUUUCCAUGGAGAAGGCGCGGUCCAGUGCUGGUGUUCUGCAUACAAAGUCACCCUUGCGUCGCACUUGGAUCAACCGUAUAUUUGCAGUCAUAUACCUCAUACCGAUAUGUGCACUGAUGUAUCAUCACUGCCAUAACAUUAUUACUAGUACUGAUCAAGUUACCAAGAGAAACGCUGUAAUUUUUUUGAUAGCUGAUUCCAUUCUGGCAUUUAUGUGGAUAACUCGGCAGGCAUUUCACAUCUCGCCUAUCCGUCGCCAGGUAUUUCCUGAGAACCUGACAGCGGAUGAGAGUGAAUAUCCAGCUCUGGACGUGUUUGUAUGCACUGCUGAUCCGUUCAAGGAGCCGCCUAUAGGCGUGAUGAACACCGUCUUGUCCCUGAUGGCUUAUGAUUACCCGAGGGAGAAAUUGUCAGUCUAUGUAUCGGAUGAUGGAGGAUCAGAGCUCACACUGUUUGCUCUGAUGGAAGCUGCUGAGUUUGCUAAACAUUGGCUCCCGUACUGUAAGAAACAGAACAUACUCGAUAGGUCACCCGAAGCAUAUUUUACAUCAAGGACUAAUUUUGGUUUCCCAGAGACCGGUCCUGCUGCUACAAAACAUAAUCAAAUUAAGGUUUUGUACGAAAAGAUGGAAUCGAGGAUAAAUGAAGUUGUCGAAAGAAGGAGCAUCGAUGGAUAUGUGACAGAUGAAGAAGCACUUCGAACUUUUGACAUAUGGCAUAAGACACCUGGUUUCACUCGACAAGAUCAUCCUGCCAUUGUUCAGAUAAUCAUGGAGAGCGCCAGUGAAAAGGACGAGUCUGGUAACAGAAUGCCUAAUCUUGUGUAUGUAUCCAGAGAAAAGAAGAAGACUACACCCCACAAUUACAAGGCUGGUGCGCUCAACGUUCUGCUUCGAGUAUCAGCAACCAUGACAAAUGCUCCACUGGUGUUAACACAAGACUGUGACAUGUUUUCAAAUGAUCCCAAGACACCACUCCGUGCACUCUGCUACUUUAUGGACCCUGGAAUGGACCCAAACUUGUCGCUGGUCCAGUUCCCUCAAGCUUUCCAUGGGAUUAACAAGGAUGAUAUAUACAGUGCUGAAAUUAGAGAAAUACUCGUCCAUAAUACUUUGGGAAUGGAUGGUUUAUUAGGAGCUUUUUACAUGGGUUCUGGGGCAUUUUUUCGUCGACAAGCUUUCUUUGGAACUCCAGUAUCACAUAUACCUCCCCAGCCUUCAGAAAUUAGUCCUCGUCAUGUUGUUAGUAAGUCAAUGCACUCCGCGGAGAUUUUGGCUCUGGCACACCAUGUUGGAGGCUGUAACUUUGAGGCUCAAACCAAGUGGGGAUCAGAGAUGGGAUUUAGAUAUGGCUCUUUGGUGGAGGAUCUCAACACGGGCUACAGAAUGCAAUGCCAAGGAUGGAGAUCUGUUUUCUGCAAUCCAACAAGACCAGCAUUCUUAGGGAGUUCACCAAUAACACUCCAUGACAUGCUCAAUCAAACCAAAAGGUGGUCCAUGGGUCUUCUUGAUAUCACUUUUUCCAGAUAUAACCCUCUUUUCUUUGGUGUGCGGUUCUUGAACCCUCUCCAAGCCUUCUGCUUUGGACACUACACAUUCUGGCCCAUAUGGUCAAUUCCGCUUAUCAUCUACUCCUUCUUGCCUCAGCUCGCUCUUAUCAAUUCUUCACAUGCUAUUUUCCCAAAGGUGACAGAUCAUUGGUCGUUUCUGUUGUACGUCUUUCUUUUCCUUGGGUCAUACACACAAGAUCUUCUCCAAUAUGUAACAUUUGGAUCAACAGCCAAAAAGUGGUGGAACAAUCAGAGAGUGUGGAUGAUGAGAUCACUCUCAAGCUUUCCAUUCGCAUUGAUUGAAUAUAUACUAGAACGCUGUGGACUAUCAUCGUUCGGGUUCAAUGUGACUAGCAAGGUUGUUGAUAGUGAACAAAGCAAACGUAACGCAGAAUGUAUCUUUGAAUUUGGAAUGCCUUCUCCACUUUUUGUUCCAUUAGAUAUGGCCGCGAUAAUCAACUUGUGGGCGUUUUUACAUGGGAUAAAACAAGUGAUUACGAGGAACGAAAGCUUUGAAGAUAUAUUUGUGCAGAUGUUUUUAGCUGGCUUUGGAGUGCUUAAUUGCUGGCCUAUCUAUGAAGCCAUGUUAUUGAGAAGGGAUAAAGGAAGGAUGCCAUUAAAGAUAACUUUACUAUCAACCUUCCUAGCGUGGCUUGUUUACCUGGUGUCCUCCUCUUCUUUUUGAAACUGUAUCGUUAGUGUCCAUUCUGGGACAAUGCUCUCUAUUUUCUUGUAUUUUCAAUUUCAGCUGCAAUACCUGAGCACCAGAUUAUAAAUCUAACCAGCAUGAAUGGAUCACAAUUAUCCUUACUAUAUCCUUUCAAAAAAUAAAUAAAUUAUCCUUACUAUAU